AUGUUCAAGUCUGUACUCCCAGGAUCGCGUGUGCUUAGCCAGUACUCCUCCUUCGUAAGAUUAUCCUCUACCCAGGCGCCCAGUAAAGCUUAUACCGAAAUUCUCGCCAAAUUUAGAACUGAUCUCAAACAAGCGAUGGUUGCGAAAAAUGACACCAGAAAGAGUACCAUUAGAAGCAUUCUUUCGGCUAUAAAGAAUGAUGAAAUUGAGGGAAAUCCUAAAACGGAGUAUGAGCUCUUGCGUGUGUACAAGGGAUUGGUCAAGCAAAGAAUGAAGUCCAUUGAAAACUAUAAGCAAUCGGAUAGACCCGAUUUGGCGCAAAAUGAAAUCGAAGAGAAUUCCAUCAUUGAAGAGUAUAUCACUGCUUUGCCAAUUAAAUCGGAAUCUGAUAUCAAGGACGAAAUCCAGAAGUUGUUGGAAGAAAAGUAUCCGGUCGGAGGCGAACAUGUGCCUAAGAUUGGCGAUGUAAUGAAGUUGUGUGGGGAACUAGCUGAAAAUUGGGGCACUACUCCUAAGAUAGCGAAGGCAUUGGCUAGUAAGGAGUACAAUCAGUACUUCAAGAAGAAGUGA